UCUGCCUGAUUUGAUCGACUUCAGGGUAAACAAGAAUAUGAGCCUUGAGGAGUGCAAGGUGGAGUGUCUAAAGAAGUGUUCUUGCACAGCUUAUGCUAAUUGAGAUGUUAGAGUAGGAGGAAGUGGCUGUUUGAUGUGGUUUGGCGAUCUCAUUGAUGUAAGAGAAUUUGAACAAGACAACUAUGUACAAAAUAUCUACAUAAAAUUAUCUGCGUCUGAGUUAGAUUCCAUCCAGAGCCCUGUCAAUAAGAAAAUGCUGUUGACUGUUACGGUGGCUUCAGUCAUUUCUGGAUUGCUCAUAGCAGGUGUAGCAUUGAGUAUUAUGUGGAAGAGCAGAAUGAAAAGAAGAGGCUUACAAAGGCAGAAGGAAGACAUUGAUUUACCAUUAUAUGAUUUUUCUACCAUUGCUGUUGCUACUGGACAUUUCUCACAGACCAACAUGAUUGGAGCGGGUGGCUUUGGUUCAGUCUACAAGGGAAAUCUCUCAAUGGGUCAAGAAAUAGCGGUGAAGAGGCUAUCGAAAGGUUCAAGACAAGGCCUUGAAGAAUUUAUGAAUGAAGUUCUCCUAAUUGCCAAACUUCAGCAUAGGAAUCUUGUCGGACUUCUUGGCUGUUGCAUUGAGGGAGAAGAAAGAAUGUUAAUAUAUGAGUAUAUGCCAAAUAAAAGCUUGGAUUAUUUCAUUUUCGAUGAUGACAUAAGCUUCUUGUUAGCAUGGAAGAGUCGCUUUGACAUAGUUUUAGGAAUUGCGAGAGGUCUUCUCUAUCUUCAUCAAGAUUCAAAACUACAAAUCAUUCACAGAGAUCUCAAAACAAGCAAUAUUUUGUUAGAUGCGGACCUCAAUCCUAAAAUCUCAGACUUUGGCCUUGCAAGAAUCUUUGUAGGCAACGAAAGAGAAGCGAGAACAAAAAGAAUCGUUGGUACCUAG